CUCAUCUGAUUUGUUAUUGAGGCUGUGUGAUGAUUUCCUCUCGUCUUUCUAAUAAGGUAACAGUGAGUGUGAUUGGCGGCCGUCUCUCUCCCUCUGUCUGUCUCUCUGUAGGGGGCUGAAUGAGGGGAUACACUUCUCUCAGUCUCUCUGGGCGAGUGGAGGUGAACACAUCGUGUACAGCGAGGAGGGAGAUGGAAAUCUGUCUGACUUUAAUUCUUCUUUCAUCCACACUCACACUCACAGCAGCUGACAGUGUGAGGUUGGUGAAUGGUGGAAGUCGCUGUGCUGGGAGAGUGGAGGUUCUUCAUGAUGAUCAGUGGGGAACAGUGUGUCAUAAUGCCUUUGAUAUGAGAGAAGCAGCAGUGGUGUGUAGAGAGCUGCGCUGUGGGGAGGCUGUAAAUGUGCGGUAUUUUGCUCAAUUUGGACAAGGAUCAGGAAAGGUCUGGCUACAAGAUGUGGACUGCAGAGGAUCAGAGUCGACACUGAAGGACUGUGGGUCACUUGGGUGGGGAAAAAGUGUCUGUGAUCAUAUUGGAGAUGUUGGAGUCACCUGCUCAGAACAUGAAGCUGAGAAUAGUGAUGACACCAUUAGAGCUGAUCAGAAGACAGUUAUACAGACAGACAGUGUGAGGUUGGUGAAUGGUGGAAGUCGCUGUGCUGGGAGAGUGGAGGUUCUUCAUGAUGGACAGUGGGGAACAGUGUGUAGUUCUGCCUGGGAUAUGAAAGAUGCUGCAGUGGUGUGUAGAGAGCUGCACUGUGGGGAGGCUGUAGAGAUUAGUUACUGGUCUGACUUUGGAGAAGGAUCAGGAGAAAUCUGGAUAUAUGAUGUGUACUGUAGAGGAUCUGAGUUGACUCUGAACAAUUGUAGCUCACAAGGGGGACAUUACUGUGAUCAUAGUGUGGAUGCUGGAGUCACUUGUUCAGGUCACAGAAUACCGAGACUCAGUGCUGGUCCUCACCGGUGCUCUGGGAGAGUGGAGGUGUUUCAUGGAGGUUCCUGGUCCACAGUGUGUGAUGCUGACUUUGACCAGCAGGAUGCAGAGGUUGUGUGUCGAGAGCUGGACUGUGGGAUUCCUGUGAAGGUUCUGGGAUCAGCUGCUUUUGGACGAGGGGAGGGUCACACAGAGGCGCGGCUGGUGAACGGACCGGACUCCUGUUCUGGUCGAGUGGAGCUCCUGUACCUCGGUGUGUGGGGCACAGUUUGUGCUGUAAGCUGGGAUAUGAGAGCUGCAGAUGUUCUGUGUGCACAGCUGGAUUGUGGGAGUGCUGUGGCUGUGGUGGUGUGCAGACAGCUGCAGUGUGGAGAGGCCCUCAGUAACCACAUACCAGCCUGGUUUGGUCCUGGAACUGGGUCCAUAUGGCUGAAUGAGGUGGAGUGUGAGGGGAACGAGACGUCCCUGUGGAACUGCAGAUAUCAGCUGUGUGAAGAGGGUGAAUGUGGACACCAUGAGGACGUAGGAGUCGUCUGCUCAGAGUUUAAAGAGAUCCGACUCACGAAGGGCUGUGAGGGGAAUCUGGAAGUGUUCUACAAUGGAACCUGGGGUAAUGUGUGUCACAAUCAGAUGGAUGAUGAGACGGCAAACAUGGUGUGUGGAGAGCUGAACUGUGGAAGACGUGGCAGUCUGUCAAACACUGAAGCACGAGUAAAAUCUGCUCCUAACUGGCUGGAUCAUGUGAAAUGUAGGAAACACGACUCUAAUCUGUGGCAGUGUCCAUCUUCACCCUGGGGACAGAACAGAUGUGAUAAUCAUGAUGAAGUGGUUCAUAUUACCUGCACAGAUGAUGGAACAUCUCUACGUUCUCAAGGGACAUGCUCGUCAUUUCCUCUUCAGAAAUACUGCUCAAAACACUGGUCUCUCAGGCUGAGUGGAGGAAAGGGAAGCUGCUCUGGGAGGUUGGAGGUGUAUCAUAACUCUACGUGGGGCUCCGUUUGUGAUGAUCAGUGGAACAUCAUGAACGCUCAGGUGGUGUGCAGACAGCUGGGCUGUGGGUCGGCGCUGAGUGCUGAUGAUCGGUUUGGUUCUGGUGAAGGGACUUUCUGGCUGAACAGAGUGAAGUGUCGAGGGGAUGAGAUUCACCUGUGGGACUGUCAUCAUUCCCUGAAGAAUCACACUGACUGCUCUCCUGCUGGAGUCACCUGUGCAGACAUAUCCACUGUGUCCACUGCUACACCCACCACCACCACCACCACCACCAAAUCAGCAAGAACCGAUCUAAACUGUGGAUAGAAAUGUUAGGAGCAGAGUAACUGCCAUAUCAUGUGUAACUGCCAUACAACGUGCACCUGGUUAGCCUUAUGUGAGAAUCUCCUAAAAUACAAUAAAGAAACAAAGUGAAAUUAAUGCAGCAAAAAGAGAAAAACGAAAUAAAAGACAACAAAGACAGAAAGCAAGGAAAAAGGAAGCUAUGGAAAAUAAACUAAAGGAAAUGGGGAAACUGUUGUAUGAAAAAUAAGAAAUUGAAUGUUUCUGAUUAAAACUGUAAAGAAGAGAUCCAGAAGGAAGCUGAUUCAACAACAGGAGGAACAGACACUGUACCUAGACAGUUGGAUCAAGACCCAUCAUCUUGCUGAAAGAAGAUUAUAGAAUCGUUAUAAGUUUUCUUUUUCAUCUUAUAGAAUGAUAAGUUUUCUUUACCUUUUAUAUGAAUUUAUGUAAUCAUUUGUAUGAUUAAGAAAUGAUAUAAUGUUCAAUAGUAUGUUCAGAUAUUAAGACAGAGAGUAACAGUGAAAACUUAAAAGGAAAUCACAAGGUUUUGUGUCAGCAGCAUAAGAACACAAUCAGCAGAAAUUUGAAGAGACUCCUCAGGAUGUUAUCAGCAGAAAAAUUAAAGAGACUUCUCAGGAUGUUUUUGCGAAGCAUGAGAUCAUGAGAGACACCUGACAGGAUGCUGACAGAAGCAGCAUGUUGUUAUGGAAUCAUAUUAAUAAAUGGUAUAGAUAGGGUUUUAGAACUAGUUAUUGGUGUGCAUUCACAUUUGUUAUUGCUGAUAGAGGGUGCAUCAGGAGAACAAACGCAAUCUUAACUUUUCUUUGUUUGUUCUUAUCUUUGCAUUUUACUUCUACUUUCGCUAGAAUUGUUUGAUUAUUUGAAGGAAAUUUUGUUUGUAAUUUCCUUUUAUUUUACUUUACAUAUAUUACACACAUUUAUUUGUAUUACACUGCUUUUAAUAAAAACAA